AUGACGAGAACCGACACGCUUUACUCGACCACGAGUUCGACCGGGACACAGAGGAGAAGAGGACAACACGCUAAGAAACAGGUCCAGGGCAGUAAUCAGGUCCAGCGAGCUCCCAGAGCGUUAUUCUGUCUAAAACUCAACAAUCCAAUCAGACGAGCCGCGCUCUCUAUCGUCGAGUGGAAACCAUUUGAUAUCUUCAUUCUGUUAGCCAUCUUUGCUAACUGUGUGGCUCUGGGAGUCUCUAAACCGUUUCCGGAGGACGACUCCAACUCCACCAACCACGACCUGGAACAAGUGGAGUACGUCUUCCUCAUCAUCUUCACCAUAGAGACCUUCCUGAAGAUCCUGGCCUACGGUCUGGUGAUGCACCCCAGCUCCUACAUCCGCAACGGCUGGAACCUGCUCGACUUCGUCAUCGUCAUCGUCGGCUUGUUUAGCGUCGUCUUGGAGACGAUGACUCAUAAAUCGGACGUGGUGGCGACCACUCAUCACGUGCCGGGGAAACCAGGAGGUCUGGACGUCAAAGCUCUGAGAGCCUUCAGAGUCCUGAGGCCCCUCAGACUGGUUUCUGGAGUCCCCAGUCUGCAGAUUGUGUUGAACUCCAUCAUGAAGGCGAUGGUUCCUCUGCUCCACAUCGCUCUGCUGGUUCUCUUCGUCAUCAUCAUCUACGCCAUCAUCGGCCUGGAGCUCUUCAUCGGACGCAUGCACAGGACCUGCUACUACAAAGGAGCCGGAGAUGUUAAAUACACGUAG